AUGAACCACCUUGGCAAGAGAGAUACUUUGUUAGAGUUGAGUGGAGUGGUGUGCAAGCAGAACUUCUUCUCAUCAUUCACCAACCCGUGCUCUAUUGAGUUCGAGUUGGAUAACUGCCAGAACAGAAAGACUAUACAGGUGACAUCUGAGAAGUCAAAGACUGAGAAGCUCUUUGUAUUUGUUGGAAAUGAACCAGUGUCGGGAAAGGUACACAUCAACCUCAAGGACAAGUCAAAGAAGCUCCAACAUCAGGGUAUCAAGGUUGAGUUUGUCGGUCAGAUUGAACUGUUCUAUGACAGAGGUAACCAUUAUGAGUUCACAUCGUUGGUCCGUGAGUUGGCACCAGCUGGAGAGCUCGUAGAGAACAAGACAUUCACGUUUGACUUUAUGAACGUCGAGAAGCAAUAUGAAUCGUACAACGGCACCAACGCACGCCUUAGAUAUAUGGUCCGUCUGAGCAUCGCCAGAAACUAUGCUCCAAACCUCACCAAGGAGAACGACAUCUGGGUGAUCAACUUCAACAAGCCACCCGAGGUCAACAGCAAUAUCAAGAUGGAGGUCGGCAUUGAGGACUGUCUCCACAUCGAGUUCGAAUACAACAAGUCCAAGUACCAUCUCAAGGACGUCAUCAUCGGCAAGAUCUACUUCCUGCUGGUCAGGAUCAAGAUCAAAACCAUUCACAACAAGUUCUCUGUAAAAUAUUUCUUGAACCUUGCUCUUGUGGACGAAGACGACAAGAAGUACUUUAAACAGCAGGAAAUCACACUCUGGAGACGCGGAGUAUCGAAACCACUGCAAACAAACAACAACCAAUCAAAGAUUGAGGCUCCACCCACGCAGGAGGUGCCAGAACCAGAGACCUCUGGCGAUGAAAGCGAUUAG